AAUGCCCUGUGAAACUUCGUCUCCCGAAUGUGAUGUCUGCUGACGCCGUGGGUGUUUCCCCGUUCAUUCCUCCGGUAUAAGUAAUCUGAAAGCACGCCGGUGGAUUGGCGCGGCGAAUUUUGGCAACAUUGUCACGGAACAUACGAGCAAAAGCGGUUUGUCUUAAUUUCAUGACCGAAAACUGACCGUUCGCCAAGUUGGUAACGGCUGCGGAUCACAAACUGUGUGGAGAAAUGGGCACUUUACGCGAUCUCCAGUACGCGUUACAGGAGAAGAUUGAAGAAUUGAGACAGAGAGACGCGCUUAUUGAUGAACUGGAGUUGGAGCUGGACCAGAAAGAUGAACUGAUCCAGAAGCUUCAGAAUGAGUUAGACAAAUACCGAUCAGUUAUAAGACCGGCAACGCAACAAGUCCACAAGCAGAGUGUCCUUCAAGAGCAGCAGAGGACCAAGAGACAGGCGAUCUCUGCCGAACCUACAGCCUUUGAUAUUCACGACCUCAAUCAUGUCACCCUGCCUUUCUACCCAAAGAGCCCACAGUCUAAAGAACUAAUCAAAGAGGCCAUUCUUGACAAUGACUUCAUGAAGAACCUGGAGCUGUCUCAGAUUCAGGAGAUUGUGGACUGCAUGUACCCUGUGGAGUAUGAUAAAGAAAGUUGUAUCAUCAAAGAAGGCGAUGUGGGCUCUCUGGUCUAUGUUAUGGAAGAUGGCAGGGUGGAGGUGACCAAGGAGGGCAUGAAACUGUGCACCAUGGGACCGGGGAAAGUGUUCGGAGAGCUCGCCAUCCUCUACAACUGCACCAGGACUGCUACGGUACAGACCCUCACAAAUGUGAAGUUAUGGGCCAUCGACCGCCAGUGUUUCCAGACCAUCAUGAUGAGGACCGGACUCAUCAAGCAUGCAGAGUACAUGGAGUUCCUGAAGAGCGUUCCGACAUUCCAAGGCCUUCCAGAAGAAAUACUCAGCAAGCUAGCAGAUGUGCUGGAGGAGACUCACUACAGUGAUGGAGAGUACAUUAUUAGACAAGGUGCCAGAGGGGACACGUUCUUCAUCAUUAGCAAAGGAAAGGUGAACGUGACUCGAGAAGAUCAACCCAAUGGGACCCCUGUCUAUCUGCGAGCAUUAGGGAAAGGAGACUGGUUUGGAGAAAAAGCCCUUCAAGGAGAAGACAUCAGAACAGCUAAUGUCAUCGCCGCUGAAGCUGUCACCUGCCUCGUCAUCGACAGAGACUCCUUCAAACACUUGAUUGGAGGCCUGGACGAUGUCUCAAACAAAGGCUAUGAUGAUGCUGGCACCAAAGCAAAAUACGAGGCGGAGAAUGCCUUCUUCUCCAACCUGAAGCUGGUGGACUUCAACAUCAUCGACACCUUGGGAGUUGGAGGAUUUGGAAGAGUUGAACUGGUACAGCUCAAGAGUGAAGAGACCAAAACAUUUGCAAUGAAGAUUCUGAAAAAGCGUCACAUCGUGGAUACACGGCAACAGGAGCACAUCCGCUCUGAGAAACACAUCAUGCAGGAGGCUCAUUCUGAUUUCAUUGUAAGGUUGUACAGGACUUUCAAAGACAGCAAAUAUCUGUACAUGUUGAUGGAAGCCUGUCUAGGAGGAGAGCUUUGGACCAUUCUUAGAGACAGAGGAUCAUUUGAAGACUCCACUACACGGUUUUAUACAGCCUGUGUGGUCGAAGCAUUCGCUUACCUGCAUUCCAAGGGAAUAAUCUACCGUGAUUUAAAGCCAGAAAAUCUCAUUCUGGAUCACAGAGGAUAUGCUAAGCUUGUGGACUUUGGCUUUGCUAAAAAGAUUGGAUUUGGGAAAAAAACAUGGACUUUCUGUGGAACGCCAGAGUAUGUAGCCCCAGAGAUCAUUCUUAAUAAAGGCCAUGACAUCUCAGCAGACUACUGGUCAUUGGGAAUUCUAAUGUAUGAACUCUUGACUGGAAGCCCACCAUUCUCAGGACCAGAUCCAAUGAAGACAUAUAAUAUCAUUUUAAGAGGCAUCGACAUGAUAGAAUUUCCAAAGAAGAUCACCAAAAAUGCAGGCAAUCUAAUUAAAAAACUAUGCAGGGACAAUCCAUCUGAGAGGUUAGGAAACUUGAAAAAUGGAGUCAAAGAUAUCCAAAAGCACAAAUGGUUUGAAGGCUUUAACUGGGAAGGUCUGCGCAAAGGAACUCUCACACCUCCAAUUAUUCCUGAUGUUGCAAGCCCGACUGACACCAGUAACUUUGAUAGCUUUCCUGAGGACAACGAGGACCCUCCCCCAGAUGACAAUUCCGGCUGGGACACCGAUUUCUAAAACUGAAACUUGUUACAUGCCCCGCCCUGGAGUGUCCUGUAUGGUUUGUCAGCCUGAGGGUGCGAUUGAAGAGGAGAAUGGAAGACGUCUAGCCCAGCUCUGUGACACCAAGUUGCCUUCGCCCAUGCUUCUGUCCUGCGGUACCACUAAGGGCGUCCCAGCACCCCCGCCGCACCCAUGACUCCCAUAACUAUCCUGAUAAUAAAGACUGGAGUUCAUAUUUGGCCUCAGAUAUGGACCCGUUCUGGCACAAGUGUUUCAUAAAUGAGCCCUUCAUAUUUUUUUCUGUGCUGUUUUAUGUUUGACUGAUUGCACAAGCAGCAUUUGCAGGUUAUGUGUCUGGGUUCUUAAAAUAGAAUCAGUUGAGACUGGACUGUGAUCUGGGCUGAGUAUUGAUAAUGCUUCUAAGAUGCAUAUUAAGAAGGAUUUUAGUUUGCGGUUACUUUUAAUUGUGACAUAUUUGUGUGUAAAAUACAUUUGGAACAGAAGCACACCAAUGUCACAUACUUUAAAAAAAAAAAAAAAAGAUUAUGUAGUGAGUAUAUGGAUUGAUUGAUUUUUAGAUAUAAUUAAAUUCAUUUCCAUGAUGUCCUUUUUUUAUGUAUACUCCUUUUAAAGGGAUAAUCCACCCAAAAAUAAAACCUCUGUCAGACUUAUGUAAUUCCAAACCUGUAUGUUUUUCUUCUGCAGAACACAGAAGAAGAUAUUUUGAAGAAUGUUGGUAACAAAACAGUUUCAGUUCCCAUUGGCUUCCAUUAUAUGGAAAAAAAAAUACACUGUAAAUCAAAGGGAAUGAAAACCAACAUCCUUUGAAAUAUCUUCUUUUGACUUUCACAGCAAAAAGAAAGUCAUACUAAGUCAUAAAGAAAGUCAGUAAAUAAUGACAGAAUUUUUAUUUUUGGGUGGACUAUUUAAAAUGUAUUCAGAUUCAGAAUCUUCUUCUAAAAGGUUUCUUGACUGGUUAUUUUUUAUUUGUAGAUGAAUGUUUUUGAAGGUUCUGAGUGUUAUUUUGGGUAACACUUUCAUCAUUAAUGAAUAACUACACAGAAACCAAUGAGUAACAGAAGUGUUGUGACUCAAGUGUUACUACAUCAUUCUAAAGGAAUUACUAAUUUGGAACAGUAUAUAAAGUGAAAAGCAUUCUAACUUUCUAGUAACUCUCUAGGUUUCAUAAGGUUUUGGAUAGUAAUAACUGAAGUGUUUCUAUAUCCUUCUAAAGGAAUUACUGGCCAUUCAGAUCAGUAGCCUAUUCUAAGGUAAAGAUCAUGGUAACCCACUACUAAUGACUCAAGUGUUGAUAAAUCAAGAGGAAAUACUAUCCAAAACCUUACAAAUACCUCAAAAGCUCCAAUGACUUCAGUCAUUACAAGAGAGUUAUCAUGCUUUUCACUUUAGAAUACUGUUCCAAAUAAUUAGUAAUACCUUUAUAAGGAUGUAGUAACACUUGAGUCAUUACUAGUGGGUUACCAUGAUCUUCACUUUAGAAUUAAUUAUACAUUAUGCAUUAUUCACAUUAAUUAUGAAUCUGAAGUUCUUAGUAGUCCUCUGGGAGGUAUGAAAAAUAUUAGUUACUGAUUAGCUAAUAGUGAACUACCUCAUUCAACCGAGCACUGUUACUAAUUCGUUAAUUUGAGUUUUUUGUUAGUUACAAGAAUGUUAUUAUUGUGCUACUCCUUUGUUUUUGUGUAGUUAUUGAUUCAUGACGGAACAGUAUUCUAAUGUUGUUUAAAUCUACUCAAAUAUUGAAUCAGACUCAAUACAGUUUGUGCACCACUAGAGGGCAGGCUUUUUACUAAAAUACACACUGUACUUCUUUAGUGGAAGGGCUGUCAAGUCACAGCUUCCCAGAUACAAUGUGGGUAAGAUCGAGAUUGUUUAUGAAGUUACAUAAUCAGCUCUAUUGUUGAUACCAGACAUACAUUUCUUCCAUCAUUUUCACCAAUCAUAUUCAUGACUCUACCUGACUCAUUUAAACAAUGAUGAGAAAACUGCCUGUGGUCUAUAAUAGCUUGAACACAAAGUGCUGUGCUGGAAAACCAAUUACGUAAUCUUAUUUAUUGUAGGACCAGGGGUAAAUAUUUAUGUAUAUAUAUAUAUAUACAUAUAUACAGUGGUAAUAUUUUUGUGAUAUUUGUAGAGAUUUAUUGUCAGAGUAAAACCAGUCCUAUUGCUUAGGAUGUUUUUAGCUGUUUUAGUUGUCCUCUGUUAUCUUCACUUUUCAGGAUGGAUAUUCUGUGCUCACCAUAUAGCUUUUGGCAUUAUUGAAAGUGCCUUAAAACAAUGGCAUUCAGAAUUCACCCUGCUUGUUUUGAUGCUGCACGGCUAGGUCAGACACCUCAGAUGUUCUUCUUAAUCAGUUGUGGCUUUUCUUUUUUCUUUUUUUUUUUUAAAGGUACAGAGAUUUAUAUCCCUUUUUCUUACAAUAAAAGCAUCUUUCAAAGUAA